AUCUUCAAAAGGAAAACAAGAUACAGCUGAAUGUAUUAAAGAAAGCAAUAUAAAUAACUCAUUUCAAAAUGCACAAAAUCAAUCUUCUGAUUCAAUUCUUAAUAAAAUUGAUGAGACUAAUGUUAUAGAAUUUUCAUCUGAUGAGAUGUUGGAAAACAUACAAAUAGAAGAUUCAACUGUGCGAUGACAAUGGAACAAAUUGAAAAAACCGCGCAAACCUUACGAAAUACGUGUACGUCAAAAUCUCAUGCAGACCCUGGAGCUGUCGCGGGAAUACAGAAAGGAGAAUUUCCAGAUGACAAUCAACCGUUAAAAUGUUAUACGCUAUGUAUAAUGAAGUCAAUGCGAACUUUUAAAAAUGGACGCAUAGAUGACGGCAUGAUGAUUAAACAACUUGACCUAAUGUUGCCAGCUGAAAUGGCGGGUCCUAUGAAAGCGGUUGCAACUAAGUGUGCAGCAGAACCGCCUGGUGGCAGUGAUUGCGAAACUACUUAUCAAUUUGUAAAAUGUAGCCAUCAAACGGAUUCAGAGCACUUUUUCUUUCCUUAACGCAAAUAAAAAUCAAACACUAAUAGUCAUGAGAAUGUGUACGAUUAAGGCCCAUUUCUAACAAUAAGUUUAUUUUAAUGUCGGUUUAACUUACUUGUUAUCUCAUUCUAGUUCCAAAAAUUUGAAAAAAAUGAACAGUAAGUUAAACCAAGAUUAAAGUUAAUCCAUGUUAGUAAAAAUGGACUUAUGUGAAAUAAAAAGAUAUAGCUAGAUUCUGUGUUGGGUAAACAUAAAAUUGUACAAUUUUAUUAAUUUCGAUUGUUUCUGUCACGAAAAUUGUAAUCUUAAAUUCACAUUAUUUUUUGCAAUCCGUUAAUUCACAAAUUUAUGAUAUAUCUAUAGAAUAUCUAUAUAAUAAAAAUUAGUAAUGUAUAAUGUGACAAAUAUUGACAUUCUUUCUCAUAGGUAACAAUUACAAUAAUUAAGUAACAAUUGUUCAAAUUUUAUUUGAAAAAA